UAAAACGCUUUCAUUACUUAAAUACUUGUUGUAUGCGAAAAACAAUCGUCUGCGUGACAAAACAGGCGCAGUUUUCAAAGUGGACCACAGUGACAUACAACAUGGAGGAUUCCUUGUUAAAAGAACUGGCAGUGUCCUUAAGCAAGCUCCAGGCUUCUCAUGAAAAUGGAAGCAAAAUUAAUCAAGAUGUCUUCAACAGUUCUGUUCUAAGUUAUAUCAGAGCAGAUGGCUCAAUAGAAAUUGAAAGAUACAAGAAGUUGAAGGAUGUUUUCAAUUUUAAAUCACCACUUAUAAUUGCAUGUAAAAAUAAUGGAUUUUGGCAAGCAGUUGAACGAGCCAAGGGAAUUGAUCACUCACCAGAUCGAGUUCAUACCAGAAAGAAAAGCAGUAGGCAUUCAUCAACUGAUCAAAACAGUACAGGUAUAUGUGGAUCACCAUUAAAACUUGAUAUUAUUGCUGAUUUGUCAGUGUUUGAAGACAAUGAAGGCAUUAUGGUGAAUGCGUCCAGCAAAGGAAAAUCUGUUGACUUUGGCUUGCCACUGGCUACUGUUAGAAAACUGAUGUUCCUUUUUUCAUCUCUUGCUUCAAAUUCAAAAAAUGUCUUGGAAUCAGAGAAAGCAGAAUUUCCAACCAUACUGGCUUUGUGUGAUGGACAGAACAUUCGAGGUGUUUCUGCAAUUGCUCUAAAGCCUAUUGUUGAUGAUCAGAACAAUUUUCUUGGUCUGAAGAUAACUGAUUCCGUCUCAAAACCUCCAACAGAAAAAGCAGUUCAUGCAAAGAUGCUGCCAAACUUUUCGAACACAGUGGAGAUUACAUGUCAAGCUAAAUAUGACAUACAUGUUAUGGCUGAUUUUUCGCUUGAAAAUGCAAGCUUCAUUCAACUUGAAUUGAAUUGGAAGAUAAUUCCAGGCCAGUCUUUCCUUAUGCUACAUGAGCCCCCACUACAAGCAAAAACAGUUGCUCGAAUAAGAAACUGUCUUGGAAACCCAGAAAGUCUUCUUUCUGCUAUGUAUCAGGAACUGGAAGUAUUAAGAACAGUGAUUGAGGGAUUGGAGACUACUGAAGUGAACUGGAUUGGUACCCAUGAGCAGCCUCUUGUUGAGGACGUGAAGAAGCUUGUGGAACAGCUCAAGCUAGGAAGUGAUAUUGUAGAGAUCCGCCAUGGCGAGACAACUUGCGCUACUGAUGAUGACAGCGAGGCUAUCAACCUUGACAUGGUUGAAGAACGAAAGGACCUCGAUUUUACUGAUCUUCUGUGGAAGAUUUUACAAGGAUGUACAUCAUACAUGGAGCUCAUUGAAACACUGAAGUACAUAGUUGGAGAAUUGCGAAAAGGCGAUUUACAGCCAUUCAUUCACAGCUACAACAACACCACCGUUGGACAAAUGGUGAAGGAUUCCUAUAGGGGCCAGCUGAGAGACCCGGUCCUGACAGGAUUGAGCCCCCUGCAGUAUCUGGCUGAGAUGGGGGUGCAGAAGUUGACCAGAGACUACGUCCACAUGUUCUUGUCAAAGAAUCUCGCCAACAUGGGCAUGCUGGAUUUCUACCUGAAAGGAAAUCUGGAGUUAGAGGAGAAGCUGAACAGGCUGCGCAGGCUACAAGACACUCUGGAGACAGUCAUGAUGUUGAAUAAGUACCUUACCCUGCCCCAUGAGAGCCUCGCCAAGUGCUGCAGAGAAAUGUUGAAGUUCUACGAGACCAAUCAGAUGAGCUCCUCCCACAGUUUUACUUUCAGCGUUCCAACCGCCUCCAUCAGGAAUGUUUUUGAAAAGUUUGCACCCACAGAAUGGUCAGUGUGUAGUCAGAAAAAGGUGGGCUCAUUCUGUGCGGAGAGACUGGCCUAUCACUUCACCGCGGAGCAGGCGUUUGAUUGGGUGAAGAUGGAGGUGGAUGCUGGAAGGUCGACCAGCACAGGGGAUGAGGAGGAACCCAGCUACUUCCUUACCAUUCUUAGAGACAGUGUGAGCAUUCUGGCCUGAGUGACCAUUCUUAGAGACAGUGUGAGCAUUCAGGCCUGACUGACCAUUCUUAGAGACAGUGUGAGCAUUCUGGCCUGACUGACCAUUCUUAGAGACAGUGUGAGCAUUCUGGCCUGAGUGACCAUUCUUAGAGACCGUGUGAGCAUUCUUGCCUGACUGACCAUUCUUAGAGACAGUGUGAGCAUUCUGGCUUGACUGACCAUUCUUAGAGACAGUAUGAGCAUUCUCUCCUGACUGACCAUUCUUAGAGACAGUGUGAGCAUUCUGGCUUGACUGACCUUUCUUAGAGACGGUGUGAGCAUUCUCUCCUGACUGACCAUUCUUAGAGACAGUGUGAGCAUUAUGGCAUGACUGACCAUUCUUAGAGACAGUGUGAGCAUUCAGGCCCGACUGACCAUUCUUAGAGACAGUGUGAGCAAUCUGGCCUGACUGACCAUUCUUUGAGACAGUGUGAGCAUUCAGGCAUGACUGACCAUUCUUAGAGACAGUGUGAGCAAUCUGGCCUGACUGACCAUUCUUAGAGACAGUGUAAGCAUUUUGGUAUGAUUGUAGACUUAAUUAUGGGUACACAUAAUGUAAUGACAUUGGUACUGGUACUGUUUAGUGUUUGUGUUUGAUAUGGUCAAGAUUGCUGAGUUACUAUUGCAUAUACAUGUAUAAACAUCUGUCAUGAAAGUUUUUUAAUAGUGUUUCUAUAUUUAUCAAAUUGGUCCUAUAUAGGCCUUGACCAUAAUUGUUGCUGAUUACUUUUGUUUUCUUUGGUAUGGUUAAAUGCAUAGGUGGUUAGCGUGUGGCUAUGAUAUUAUUUAGCGAAAACAUCAUUUUGAAUGAAAAAUAAUCAUGUUAUAAUGAAAAAUCAACUUUUCUGGAGAAGAAAAAUUCACUAUCAAAUAUAUAUAGAACAAGGUAUUCAACUUGAAAUCACCCGAAAACAGGGUGCAUCGCUUUGAACAGCCAUUACUUCAUCAAUUUUGCAGCCAUUUUCACGAGCUUGGUCUUAUUCAACGCAUAAAUGAAUUUCCUUAGUGUUUCCUGGUUUUAUGCUGUUUGCACAUAGCCAUUUUCACUUUGCUUCCGACAGGGAAAGGGUUAAUAUCAAAGCCACAUGCUAACCACCUGUGGUAAAAUGCCAACAAGAAUUUAAUCAUAAUUAAGCUCUCAACAUGUUUUCAUUUUUUUUCUGGUAUGAAUAAAUUGUAUUUACUUUAAA